UACGACGAUCGGAAGAGCUCGCUCGCUCGCCGGAACGAAACGAAACCCUAAUUCCAGCUUCCUCUCUCGCUCUCUCUCUUGGAACUCUAUUGUUCACUUAAUUGCAAGGUAUCUGAAAAUGGGACUAAUCAGGAGCAGUUUCUUAUUUCUUUUUGGAACUGGUUGUGGCAUUUACAUUGCUCAGAAUUACAAUGUCCCAAAUAUUGAGAAGUUGGUGGAUACUUAUCUCAAGAAGGCAAAAGAAACUGAAGAAAUUUAUCGGAAGCGGAAGAAAGACGAUGAUUAAUUUCUGUUCCAGUUCUUUGUUCUUUUAGGUUUUUUACAUCAACACCAAACUGUUAGGCAAUGGCCUAUAACACAUCAUAGUAAUUUUUUUUUACCAAAACAGUCAUAGCUAACUGUAAAUUCCAUUCUAUUAGUACUUGAUUUUGUUUGGCCCUUUCUUGUUAUUCUAGUGAAAUGAAUAAUGAAAUUAAUACAGGUAUGUUUUACCGAAAGGUAAAACACUUUUGA